AUGGCGUCUGCACUCACUUUUGCGGCACACGGGGAGCCGGAGGAUGUGCUGCAGCUGCAGCAAGAUGAUGCGUCCGGCGCGGCGCCGUUGGGGCCCAAACAAGUCCGCCUGCAGCUCAUUGCGGCGCCCAUCAACCCCUCCGACAUCAACACAGUGCAGGGCAAGUACCCUCUGAAGCCGCUGCUGCCAGGCGUGCCCGGCCACGAGGGUGUCAUGAGGGUCGAGGCGGCAGGCGCAGAGGUCUCGACCCUGCGCCCGGGGGACCGCGUCGUGCCGCUGCUGCCCGCGGUCGGCACGUGGCGCAGCAGCGGCGUGUUCGAGGCCGAGGGGUGGCACGCGGUGCCAGAGGGUCUGCCUGACGACGCCGCGGCCACUCUGUGCAUCAACCCGCCGACCGCGGUGUGCAUGCUGGAGCACUUUGUGGAGCUCAAGGCGGGGGACGUGGUCGUGCAGAAUGGCGCCACCAGCGCCGUCGGCCAGGUGUGA